AUGGUCCCCGUGCCAUCAGUACCGAAAUCAGUAAAACGGCCAGAAGACUCAAUCACCAACAAUGACCACUCAAUCACAAACCACGGAUCUACCAGUUCAGAAGCAACUACCUCUACAAAUAAUGAAUCUCAACAAGACUCAGAAUCAAAGUCAUCGCAACCUCUAGCCCCAAAAACACAGCAAGCAAGAGACCUCAAUAAACAGUCAAACGAUCAGGAACUACAUAUCAACAUUCCCUUAGUAGAAGCACUGGAACAGAUGCCGAGCUAUGUGAAAUUUCUCAAGGACAUACUCGCCAACAAGAGAAAGAUCGGGAAAAAUGAAACUGUCGCACUAACAUAUGAAUGUAGUGCGCUCUUCCAGAACAACAUCCCCAAGAAAAGAUCCAAGGAGUUUCACAUUGCCAUGUCAAUAGGGGAGGGCAAGAUAGAAGACGUACUUGUGCAAGUGGAUAAAUUCAUUUUUCCUGCUGACUUUGUUAUAUUGGAUUACGAAGCCGACACUGAGGUGUCGAUCAUCUUGGGUUGCCCGUUUCUCGCAACAGGGCGAGUGCUGAUCGAUGUACAAAAAGGAGAACUUACCAUAAGAGUCGACAAUCAGCAAGCAAAGUUCAACGUUCUCAAUGCGUUGAACUACCCAGGUGAUAUGAAAAACUGCCAGUAUGUUAGAGAACUGCAGGAAGAACAUUGGCACGAGUUUCGAGAAGAAUUAGAGGAAAAAGACUUUGAGGUUGGCGCAAUGUUGGAGGAAAAUUGCACAGCAAUACAGACUGAACCAGAUUUUGAAACAAUAAGGUUAUCUAAACGAGCAACACAGCAAACUAAGCCAUCUUUGGAAGAACCACCCAUGUUGGAGUUGAAAGCGCUACUAGUGCACCUCAAAUAUGUUUAUUUGGGAGGCAACAACACUCUACCAGUUAUAAUCUCUGCCUCACUAAGCAAAGAAAAGGAGGAAGCACUUAUUCAGAUCCUCAAAAAAUACGCGAAAGCCUUGGGAUGGACCUUAGUGGACAUCUGA